AUGGCCUUCCCCCGCCGACCCUCAGCCUUCCUCCGCUACCUCAUCCCCGCAGCUCUCAUCCUCUGCGUGUUCUACGUUUUGACGGGACAGCCAGGCUCAGACUUUGCCUCCCCCCAAAACUUCCGCCGUCCCUGGGCCGGCUUAGGAGCCCAAAAACAUCCAAUCGAAUACCUCAUCGACUCGGCAGAAAAAGAGUUUGCAAACAAGAUCUCCCGACAAAGCCACACCAUCGCCGAAGCAGCAGCUGCCUACCGCCAACGUAGAGGCCGGCACCCUCCGCCCGGGUUUGACAAGUGGUUUAAGUUUGCGCAGGAAAAAAAUGCGGUUAUUGUGGAAGAUUUCUGGGAUCAGAUAUACCAUGACUUGGAACCGUCUUGGGCGUUGGAGGCGCAGAGGAUAAGGAAAGACGCGUGGGAUUUUGAGAUGAGGAUCGAGGUUAGGGAUGGGAAGGCGAGUAGUGGGAGUGAUUGGUUCUGGACAAAGAUUUGGUUGAAGAUGAUUGGGACUGUGGAGGGGUUGUUGCCUGAUAUGGAUAUUGCGCUUAAUGCGAUGGAUGAGCCGAGGUUGGUUGUGCCUUGGGAGGAAAUUGAUGAGCUGGUUGGGAGGGCGGGGCAAGAUAAAAGGAUGGUGAGGGCGGAGGAGGUGGUGACCGAGUUUGAGAAGUUGGCUAAGCCGGGGGAGGGGCCGGAGAAGGAUUUUGAGACGCCGAAGAAGGUUUGGGAGGGGAAUAAACACUACUGGUUGAUCGCCCGCCGCGGGUGCCCGCCUACUUCCCUUGCGCGACAGUCGCCUGUUAUUACUGACUUUAACCGCACCCCGUUGAUCAAGUCGUCCUUUGCGCUGCCUCACAUGACGGAGGGUUAUGUCUCCAACUAUACCUUGUCGACCGAUUUUUGCCAUCAAUCGGACCUCCAAGCCCUCGAGGGCGUCUUUGUCGAGCCCCUCUCCGUUUCGGCGACAAAAACGCUCUUUCCCAUGUUUGGCGGCUCCAAACUGGCUGUCAACAACGAGAUCCUCCUCCCGGCACCAAUGUACUGGAACGAAGAGGAGCGCUUCAUGGGCUCCCAGGGGGCGGAUAUCCCGUGGGAAGAAAAAGAAGACGCGGUCAUCUGGCGCGGUGUGGCUACCGGCGGAAAGAACAAGGAGGACAACUGGCGCUCGUUUCAGCGUCACAGAUUUGUGGCCAUGAAUAAUGGGUCCAAGAUUACGCUCGCGGAGCAGAGGCAGCUCGAGCCGGUGAACUUUGCGCUGCCCCCUAAAGCGUACGGGUUGAAGGCGCAGAAGAGGGGGAAAUUGGGGGAGUGGGUGGCGAGCUGGUCGAACGUGCAGUUUAUUGACCUCAUGUGUGGGAUUAAGGGCCAGGGCGUGAGGUGCAAUUACACGCUUCCCGCCCCUACCUCCUCAAACGAGUGG